GUCUUCCACGUGGGGUUAAAGGUGAAAGGUGAAGCACAGGGCAUAGUGGGAGAUCCAGGUCAGGCUUGGGUCUCACGCAAUUUUACAUGAUUUUUUCGACUUUUUCACCCCUUUGGAACGUAAAUACACCUUUAUUACCGGCCCUACGUGAAGCAUAGAGAAAACUGACCACUGCCCAGUGAUGGAGGAGGAUGCCUUCCCACGAGGAGGGACGGUCCAGAAAACGGACACAGCCGACAGGACCACCCAGAAAAGGAGAGAUGCUCAUCCACAGGACAACCUCUUCAUGCCCCGUCCUGAUGAGAAGAAGAAGGGAAAGAAGCAGAGGAAGAAGAAGAAAGCUAAGAACACAAAACAAGAACCAACCUCUGAACUAGGAGAGGAGGAGGAGGGGGAAGGCAGCCUUCCUAACCUGGUCACCAGUGUGCAGGUUCUCAGUUACAAGAAACUGGUGACAGGAAUGCCCAUCCUGGGGUGUGUGAAGGAGGUGAGUGACUGUGAUCUCACCGUGAGCCUGCCUGACGGACUUAUCGGCUUCGCUCAGAUCACACGGAUCUCCGACACGCUGACUCGGAUCCUGCAGGAGUAUGCUGAUGGAAGUGGUCACACGGACGAGGACUUCCCCACCCUGCCCAAGUUGUACCAGGCAGGUGCGAUGGUGCGCUGUGUCAUCGCUGAAGUCGUCACGUCCAAGUCCGGACACCCGCGGAUUCUCCUGUCCCUCAACCCCCGAGAUGUGAACCAGGGCCUACAGGGGACAACUCUUAAACCUGGCAUGGUUUUAUCCGGUUGUGUGGCAAGCAUAGAGGAUCAUGGGUACACUGUUGACCUUGGUGUCAAAGGUCUAAGGGCAUUUUUAAACAGAGCAGAAACUCAGGAAUUUUUACAGAGCAGACAGAUGGCUGCCCCCAUGCGACUGGCCCAGCCCCUGCUGUGCCUGGUGAGGAGUGUUGUGAGCGGGGGAAGGUCCGUUAACCUCACCAUCUCACCAACGCUACUCCAGAAAGCCGUGGCAAAAGAGGACCUGGACCUGACCCUGGAUUCCCUGACCCCCGGGACUCUAGUGGAGGUGACGGUGACGUCUGUACAGAAUCAUGGGAUACUGGCCGAGUUUCUGGGCUUCACGGGAAGCGUCUCGCGUGUGCACCUCCCGACUAAACGGGCUGAACUAUACAGGAAGGGACAAAGGGUAAAGGCUUGUAUACUGUACAUCCACCCGACUACCAAAACAGUGGGUCUGAGUUUCCAGUCUCGACUGUGGGACGGUAGGACGUUAGUGGAUGUACAGGAGUUACCUGCCAUCGGUACCGUCUACAAGAAGGCCCCUGUCGUACAUGUGUGGUCCGGUAUAGGAGUCACCAUGAAGCUGAGUGCUGAAACACCAGGAUUUGCUGCUGUGUCCCAACUGUCAGACCAGCCUGUGGAAAGCAUAGAAAACACCUUCAAGCCUGGCACCCAACACAGCUGCAGAGUGAUCAACUGUAGUCCCCUUGAUGGCCAGGCCAUUGUGUCGCUGAAGAAGAGUGUUAUAGAACAACCAUUCCUGCGUUUACAGGAUCUUAAACCUGGGCAAGUUGUGGAGGGUAAGAUUACCUCAGUACAGUCCUAUGGUAUCACUGUGUCCCUGUCGAACUACGUACGAGGGGUCGUCUCCAAGAUUCACCUUGCAGACAUCAUCCUGAAAAAUCCCGCCAAGAAAUUCAACGAAGGAGACAUGAUCAAGUGUAGGGUUCUGAACGUGGCGACAGCAGGACGCCAGCUGGCCCUGACCCACAAACGAACUCUCCUGACCUCCAAGCUGCCCAUCAUGGCUAGUUAUCAGGCUGCCAAGCCUGGCACGUGGGCGCACGGCUUCGUACUGUCUGUCCAGGACUUCGGCUGUAUUGUUAUGUUCUACAACAAUGUCAAAGGCCUUCUUCCGAAGAGAGAGAUGACCCAAGAAGCGCAGGAGGAUCCUCGUAAGAUGUUCUACAAGGGUCAGGUUGUCAAGUGUCGUGUCAUGUCCUGCAACCCUGCGCUGGAGAAGCUCACUGUUUCUCUCAAGCCAGAGAAGUCAGGCACUCCUGUAGCAGCUGACUUUGAAGUGGGCAAGAUGGUGAAUGUAGAGGUCACUGAGGUCAAACCUGACAGCCUGGGGGUUAAGGUUCAGGGGUCAGACACCCCAGGCUUUCUUCCCAUGAUGCACCUGUCAGACCACCAGGAGAACUGUUCCCUCCUGCUGAGUAGGUGCAGUGUUGGUGAUGUCAUACAGGACGCCAUGUACUGCUGUAGCAGGGCGACAGGAUCCAUGGUCACCCUGAAACCAUCCCUGAAGAAGGCAGUGACCUCAGGGCAGGUUGUCGAGAUGUUUUCUGACCUGCGGACUGACCGAGUGCUUCGUGGCUGGGUCCGGACGGUCAAGCCGUUCGGUGUGUUUGUGGAGUUCCCUGGAGGAUGGGUGGGCCUGGCUCCAAAGGCGGCUGUAUCCGAUAGGUUCAUCGAGGACUGCACCAGCUUGUUCGAGGAAGGGCAGUCCGUAGUUGCCAAGGUUACAGAAGUGGACGGUGAGAAACAGCGUUUUCUGGUCAGUCUGAAGCCGUCCGACUGCCCCCUAGCAGGUGAGGGCAGUACUGCAGUGGAGUCACUAGGGAGCCUGCUGGCUGAGAGGGAGAAGGCAGCGGGACAACUCACAGCUGGGAAAGGGGCAGACCUAAGCAGACAGCAUGGUAAAGUCCUAUCUGCAACAGUGACAAACAUACAAGAUGCUGGAAUGGUCCUCAGCAUCCCUGACCUACAGGACCUGACCGCUGUGGCCAGCAAGACCCACUGCCAAGGCACCAAUCUGAACGUCGGAGACAGCACUAGUGUUCGAAUCCUACAUCUGGACAUUCCAAACAACAUAGCAGAGGUGUCGCUCCGGCCUGAUCUACUGGAACAAGCUACAGAAGGAAAGAAGAUAAAGAUGAAGAAAGGAGGAGAGUUCUCUUGUACCAUUCUCGAUGCAAAGGCAAAGUACUUACUAGUGGGGAUCAAUGGGAGUGGAGCAUUAGCCUAUGUGACAAGAAAAUGGCACCCAAAUCAUGGGAGCAAUGUGGGAAUGGGAGACGCGCAAAUUGGAGAGAGGAGUAAGAUUCGGGUUGUGAGGAUAACACAGAGUGGCAGUGUCAUAGCAAUGCCUGCUGGCAAGAAGACAGAAGGAAAGAAGGACGGUAAGGAGGGAACUGAGCACAAAGCUGAGAAAAGGAGAGAAGAAAAGAACAGGAAAAGGAAGAGAGAUGAGAGCGAAACCAGGGAAGAAACAGAAGCAGAUGGACAGAAUCAAGCAGAGCAACUUCAACUUGGAGCGAUUGUGAAUGUCGUUGUUGUGGCAACAGCAAGAGAUCACCUAGAGGUCAAGAUCACAGGUCAAGGUCACAGGCAAGAGGGCAUAGUUCACAUAUCAGAGGUCAAAGAUGAUGUGAGCGAGGGUGAGGCACCCAUGGCCAAGUUUCUGGUAGGUUCUAUUGUUCCCGGGCGUGUCAUUGGCAUCUCUCACAAGAAGGUUAAGAGUCUUAAGUCCCUUCCCUUCAGUCGACCUGGGUUCGAGGAAGUCGUCUACGACGUGUCUUUAAGAGAAAGCGUUGUGAAAGCAGAAGCAAACUUCGAGAAGUACUUACUCCCAGAUCAGAAGCUGAGAACUGAUGUGUACAAGGAGGAUCAGAAGGUGAUGUUCUAUCUCCAGUCAGUCCAAGACUCUCACGUGGUCGCCUCUGUUUCGCCGGGCGUGCUAGGAAAGUUGGACCUCCUUAGCUGUUCAGACAAUGUGGAAGACUUGAAGAAUCCUUCUGCAAUGUUCAAACCCAAGUGUGCAUACCUUGGCACCAUCACAAGUAUUGACAGGGAGAGUUCAACGUUGCACCUUUCCAGGCUCGAGAAAGCCACCAAGCUCGCCCCGGGAUUGGUGGUCAAUGCACAGGUAGCUAAAAAGGUUCCAGGUAAAUUGGUGCUGAGCCUCCCCUUUGGCGGCAAGGGCUUUGCCAACCUAACCGACCUGUCGGACUCUUACUCUUCCAACCCGCUGAGCGUCUUCAAGGUGAACCAGCUCCUCAGGUGCUGCGUUCUUGAAUGCAGCAGCAAACGGCAUGUAAGAGUGUCGUUACGACCGUCCAAAAUCGGCGGAAAGGUGCGAAAAAUCAAUGACCCAGACUAUGAGACCGUGGAAGACAUUGUAGAUGGCGACAUUGUACGCGGGUACGUCGAAGACUGCAACAAGCAUGGCGUCUUCGCCGCGCUCUCCCACAAAGUGAAAGGCCGAGUGCAGUACAAGCACGCCACCUCCUACUUCGUAAGGAAGCAAGACGAGCUGAAGAAGUUUUUCCCUGUUGGCAAGCUCGUCACGGCUAAAGUCCUGGAAGUGUCGUACAAGUCGUCUCACCUUGAGCUGUCCUUGCUGGAGAAGGACACCGGCGCACCUGACCCUCUCCCAAACACCUGCGGGUACCCUCUCAGGACUCCCAAAGACCAGAAGGAGAAGAAAAGGAAAGAGAGAGGGAAGGAGAAAGGAGAAAAGGGAGGAAAGAAGAGAAAGGUUGAGAGAGAGUCCGAUGCAGAUGACAGCGGGGUAGAAGUUGUUGGGAUGAAAUCUACAGAUGAAGAGGAGGAGUCAGUACCAAUUAAGAGCUCUGGACAAGGUCAGACAUCGUCCUCAGAACCACGUUUGACCUUGACAGGUGGCUUCAGCUGGGGAGACGAGCUGGCUGUGUCAAAGGUCACCCCACAGGACAGUGAGAGUGAAGAAGAGGAUGAUACUGAGGCAGAAGUCUCACAGCCCCCAAAGAAGAAGUCCAAGAAGGAGAGGGAGGAAGAGAGAAAGGCCAACGACAAGGAGCUGUACAAGGCUGAGUUGGCCCUGCUAGAUGAGGACCGCCCGCCCCAGUCUGCGGACGAUUUUGACCGCCUGGUGCUGAGUUCCCCGGACAGUUCCAUCCUCUGGCUGCGCUACAUGGCCUUCCACCUCCACUCCACCGAGAUCGACAAGGCCCGCACGGUCGCCGAACGUGCUCUCAAGACUAUCUCAUUUAGGGAAGAGAAGGAGAAGUUGAAUGUGUGGGUUGCCCUGAUGAACCUAGAGAACAUGUAUGGCACAGAGGAGUCCCUCAUGACUGUGUUCCAGCGAGCACUACAGCACAACGAAGCCCUCACCAUCUUCAAGCAGCUCGUCAACAUCUACAAGAGGACUGGAAAAACUGAGGAAGCCGACCAGCUGUACGGCACCAUGGUGAAGCGUUUCCGUGGCAACAAGGACGUGUGGAUCGACUACGGCCAGUUCCUGAUGGAGAACAAGCGAGCGGAGGCAGCCCACAGCCUCAUGCAGAGGAGCUUCAAGAGUCUCGACAAACAGGAUCAUGUGCAGGUGAUCUCCAGGUUUGCAGUGAUGGAGUUUAAGCUGGGUGAUGUGGAGCGGGGGAGAACCAUGUUUGAGAACAUCCUGAGUAACUACCCCAAACAGGUCAGCAUCUGGUCUGUGUACCUGGAGAUGCUCAUCAAGACUGGAGAUCUGGACCAAGUCAGGCUGGCCUUUGACCGUGUCACUGCCCUGCACCUCAGCACUAAGAACAUGAAGGGUUUCUUCAAGAGGUACCUGGAGUUUGAGAAGAAGCACGGAGAUGACGACACGGUUUCUGCCGUCAAACGCAAGGCCAUGGAGUACGUGGAAGCAAGAGUCGGGGACGUGGGUACAACGUGAUCCACAAUAUAGUCAGAUCAGGGCUCUAAAUACUUUUUUCUGCAUACCUGCACCUACCUGCACCAGACAAAUUUUACCUGCACCACUCUGAAUUUAGGAAGUAUGGAUCAUACUAAAAUUGAUCAGGAACCAUCGCUAUUUUUUUCUUUUAUACUUUAUAGGUGGUGACAGUCAUUGCAGCUAAUUACAAUCCACAUACACCUACAUCAUAUGACAUUCAUGUAUAAAACCCAUGGUACAUGGACCAGUGCAGGUUAGGUGCAGGUAGACACCCAAAAUACCUGCACAGCUCCAAUUUUACCUGCACUAACCU